CGAGCGCGGGAAAAGCCUUUCAGGCCUGUAAAAACCCCUCCAUUUUCUGAAAAGCAUCUUCUCCUGUUCUUCUUUCCAAUACACAGCAGCUGUUAGAAAUGGGUAUCAAGGGUUUGACGAAGCUGCUUGCCGACAAUGCUCCAAAGGGCAUGAAAGAGCAGAAAUUCGAGAGCUAUUUCGGCCGUAAGAUCGCCAUCGACGCUAGCAUGAGCAUCUAUCAGUUCCUCAUUGUGGUGGGAAGGAUUGGGACUGAAACGCUUACAAAUGAGGCCGGAGAAGUAACAAGUCAUUUGCAAGGGAUGUUUUCUCGGACGAUAAGACUGCUGGAAUCUGGAUUGAAGCCAGUAUAUGUUUUCGAUGGGGCACCACCAGAUCUGAAGAAGCAAGAGCUUGCAAAACGGUACUCUAAAAGGGAAGAUGCCACUGCAGAUUUGGCAACUGCAAUAGAGACUGGAGAUAAGGGAGAGAUUGAGAAGUUCAGCAAAAGGACAGUAAAGGUGACAAAGCAACAUAACGAGGACUGCAAACGACUUUUAAGACUCAUGGGGGUGCCUGUUAUUGAGGCUCCUUCCGAAGCAGAAGCAGAGUGUGCAGCACUUUGCCGAAGUGGCAAGGUUUAUGCUGUAGCUUCUGAAGAUAUGGAUUCACUAACUUUUGGAGCUACAAGAUUUCUUCGGCAUUUAAUGGAUCCAAGCUCGAGAAAAGUCCCAGUGAUGGAAUUUGAAGUUGCUAAGAUUUUGGAGGAACUGAACUUCACUAUGGAUCAAUUCAUCGAUUUGUGCAUUCUCUGUGGAUGUGACUAUUGUGAUAGCAUUCGAGGUAUCGGGGGUCAGACAGCGUUGAAGCUCAUUCGCCAACAUGGUUCUAUAGAAAAUGUAUUGGAGAACAUAAACAGAGAGAGGUAUCAAAUACCUGAGAACUGGCCAUAUCAAGAAGCUAGACGUCUAUUUAAAGAGCCUUUAGUCUCUGACAUUGAAGCACAGCCUGAGCUUAAGUGGACUGCUCCAGACGAAGCAGGACUCAUAACCUUCCUGGUGAAUGAAAAUGGAUUCAACCAUGACCGAGUGAUAAAGGCAUUAGAAAAGAUCAAAGUGGCCAAGAACAAAUCAUCCCAAGGCCGAUUGGAAUCCUUCUUUAAGCCAGUUGCAAGUGUAACAACACCAAUUAAGCGGAAGGAAAACAGAUUUAUGCUUGGAUCCCCUGGACCAACACUCAAGCCUAAGAUGCUUACUCUGCAAGUUUGUAUGCGCUCAAGACAAAAGGUCAUUGGCAGCUUAAACCUGCCAAUCCUGAAGCUGAGUUCUGGAAACUCGGGAGCGCUUUUCAAGAGUGUCCAUUUCAGAGCAUGAAAUCUGAGACACUGGAGAAAGCUUUCAAAGAGCAAACUGAUGCUCAUUGACGACUCUAUUUCAUGUAUCAGUACAUAUUUCUAAAUAGUUUGCAGUGGGUUUUAUGGGACACCUGAAAUCAUUAUUCUUAUUGACCAAGCAUGUGGUUGGUUAUAUUUUCUCAUGCCUCAGCAGAAAAAGGCCUAAUCCAUAUGUUGCAGUAUAACAACAAAAUCCAUUCAAAGGAAGAAGUUCAUGACAUAUGCUCCUUGCGAUUGUGGUUAAUAUCACCGAGGUCUUAGAAUUGAGACCAUCCUGGAGCAUGGAGUCUACUAUUGCUGUAUGGAGAAAAUAUAGUAGAUAGAAAUUCAGCUUGUGUAUGGUGGGUUCUUGGGGAACUCACCCAGAUAGAAAUAAGGAUUUUUUGGUUUUGAAUCUACUCAGUUACUUUAGAUGUGAUUGUGGCGAAAGCAUCUAUGAUCACGGGUUUGCAGAUCAA